CGCAUGAAACCGUCCCCGUCAUUGAUACGUCUAAUAAGCAGCCACCUGCAAUCGCGCCGUUCAGUCUGAGACUGACGCGAUCGGGUGCGCACGUGCAAAUUUAUUAAUUAUAAAUAUAUUUUUUUAUUCUUCGUUCGAACAAGGAUUGUUUUAACAUAGUGCCUCGUGUAAAAGUGAAGUGUUCAUUUUUUUGGAUUUCCAUUUUAUUAAAUAUAAAUACGUACAUCGCCUGCAUACGAAAUCAAUACCCCAAACUAACAACCUAGUCAUCGUUCAACCAAAAACAAACAAUGUACCACCACGACAUUUAAAAGAACACACCGAACAAUACCAAAAUGAAUGCCAAUAAGAAAGCAAUAGUUCUGUUAACAUUAAUCAACAUUUUGCUGGUGAGAAGCGAAAACGAUACGAGGAAAGAUGACGUUAGUGAUGGCAUAGAACAAAAAGCCAAUGACCAAUCUUACGAUGACGACUUCCUGGAUUCGCCUGACGCCGGAGACGGUGAUGCUGCUGGUCUGACGGAUUCCAUCAACUACAGAAACGAUACAGCGAACUAUGAAGACCCAGUGGAAACUUCAACAGCGCCAGAUUACGUAACGCAAGAAUCUGACGUCAUAUACGAAGACACUGAAGUGUUUAAUAGUACUUACGCUGAUGAGAAGAUGGAGACAACCUCGCUGGCCACCACGAGAGCGAUGGAGGACUAUGACUACGUUUCUUCUAAAGCACCAGAAUCGGAUGGAGAUCAGGAGGUAGACGGACAGGGGAAUCCAAAAACCGAUGGCUCUGAACAGACCUUGGCUGAGGGGAGACAAUUCAAUGGCCCUACCCAACCGGUUCACAAAAACAAAAGUUCGACUUUGAGAAGUUGGCUCGAAGACUCGUGGCUGCGGCAGCCGGCAGCUGUCCUGGUGCCGUUGAGGCCUAUGGCGUUGAGCAGGGCGCUGGCCGUGUGGAACGACCUCAUCGCGGAGGGCCUCAACGUGUCGGACAUUGUUAUUGUUGGAUACGAUUCAAACGGAAUAAGCUGGAGAUCGCGACACAAUCUUCACAGCUCGGCCUCGACAAAGGACCGCGAAGUAUCUGAAGCACUAUCCAAGCUCAUGCUAAAAUAUCAGGGUGUACACACGGACACAGCCAGCGAUGGGACAAUGAGGGCUUUGGCAUCAGCAGCGAAAUUGGUGCCUUAUGACAGCGCCCUAUUCGUCAUUACCGAUAAAGGAGCUGGCGACCCCCAGAGGUUGCCACUAGCGCUGAGGACGCUGGUCGACAAGAGACUCAAGGUCUACACGAUAUGGACCAAUCCGGACAUCCCGACAGCCGACGAGGCCAAUGAGCUCCAAGAAUUAAGGAACAUAUCACAGCAUACCGAGGGCGAUGUUUUGCCAUACUCCACCCAGGUUAUGGACCUAGACGGAGCGGAAAAUCUAGCCACGGAGGACGACUCGCCAUCUUGGAACCGAGCGAUCUUCAAUCAAGGACGACAAGGAAGAUUGAUCAGCGAACUAGAAAAGUACAGAUACGAUACCCUCCUCGUGCGGCGGGGAGGGGGUGAAGCUAUAUCGCUUGGAUUAACAGUUGAAAACGGAGUAACAGCCCUGAGGGUACUCAUAGAGGGAGCUGUGGAACAUGCCGUACUCUACCCUCCAAACGAUGCGCCGCAAAUAGACCUGUACGACACGGAUUCCGUAUCCUCAUUCUCGGCGGAAUCGAGGACCGAAAGCCUGUCGCCAAGAGACGUCUACCUGAUACUGCCGGGCGCCAAUACUGACGUAGACGCACUAUCAGUUCUACCGGCCAAUCCUGAUCCGGAAUCACAGCCAGGAAUGAUGGGGAAGUGGCACUUGAGCGUCCGCUGCGACACCUGCGACUACAGGCUCUGCGUCAUGGCCAGGGCCCAGAUCCACCUGGACGUAGGCACCGACGGUGCAGAUAUGCUGAAGCUGCGUGUGACCGGACCUGUGGCAAGCGUGAGAGAGUCGCUGAUUGUCGACGAAUACGGAACUGAACUGGCCAAUUUACCUUUCAGCUACCAGCCUAUGGUCGGAGACGAACCCGUAGACCAGAGGGAUCUAUCGACGGAGCUGAUGGCCGACGUUAUUAUGCCAAGCAUUAAGGGGAACAAGAAUUACGUGAAAAUAAUCGGCAGGGAUGUUGGUGGCGAACCAUUCGUCCGUCUGGCCGGUCCGUUGCGACGGCCGGAAGCCCGGACCGGACGAUCGGCGGCCGUCGUCUUUCCCGAUGCAGUCAACGACCUCGAGAGGGUCGAAAACGAAAAUCUCCAACAUCACGAGACUCUUCGCUCCACAAGCAACAUUACUACGAGCAGAAUUGUGUCACAGGUGAUGAAUCAGAGAGGUGCCCUCCUGACUGCGGUACAGAUUGGACUGAGAACUACCCUUUAUGGAGCACCGGGAGAUAACCUACAGUUACAUUUCGAAGUCACCAACUACAGAGAGCAAUCUGUGAGGUUUACAUUCGGAGCGGUCGGUGAACUUAGGCUUCUAACGGGAAUCAGUCCGGCUGCGCAACUCCUGACGUCCGGCCAGACGGCAAAUGUGAUCGUUAGCGCGACGAUACCGACAAACGCUCAACCGGGAACCAGAGAUCUUAUCACCUUUACGGCAUACGGUACUGAACCAGUGUCGAUAUCGGCACACGUUUACGUUAUCAACACCGGAGAAACGGUAAACGAUGUUUUGGCACCGGAAGUCAGUCACGUGUUCCAAGGAUCGUGCAUAGGAAGGACUGGUCAGGACUGCGCCCAGUAUGUUUGGAGCGCUACCAUCAUCGCCAGAGACUCUGAAUCAGGGCUCCUUCGCCUCUCUUCGUCGCCUAUCGGGUUGACGUACGAGAACUUCAUCUCCGGGACGAGGGACCAAGUGACCGCGACGUACAGAGCCACGUGUUGCGCUCCCAGGAUGCUGGUCAACGCCGUUGACGCCUCCGGGAAUACGAAUAGCUACGUCGUCGAUAUCUCUGGUUAUUUAAGCGAAACAGCCAUCGCAGCAAUAGUCCUGGGCAUAAUUUUGGGCAUACUUCUGAUAGCAUUAAUCGCAUACCUUAUAUAUUUGUGUGUGAAAAGACGGAAGGAAUCCAGGGAGCUGCCUUACAGCACGUCAUCGAGAAAUAUUAGUUAAGAUUAAUAAUUUUAGAAUAACGCCAUCUAGCGCUCCCUGAUCGAAUCAUUAAAGCGAAACAUUUACAAGUGGCCUAUUUGAGGAGGUUCUUAAUUGAAAUCGAAAUAAUUUAUUAAGAUAUAAUGUAUGUAAUUAAGAAAUUUAUAUUCAUAGAAAUAAUUAAUAAUCGAAAAAGUCUUUUUAAAUUAUUUAGUAGGUAUUUUAAUGUACUUUCUAGGAUAAGAAAAUUCAGUUACCACUUUAAUUUUUUAAUUUUGAUUUAUUUUUUUCUUAACAUUGAUGUCAUUUGAUAAGUAUAACAUCUAUCGGGUGCAAGGCACGAUUUAUUUAAUUUUUAAAUUUAAGAUUUUUUAUUUUUGUUUUUAAUCAGUAAAUUUAAGAUGUACUUUGAACAAAUGCUUCGUUUAUGGACGAUUUAAGCCUACGGAUUAUAAAUAUGCAAUGACAAUAAUAUUAGCGGUAUACUGGCGCCGAAUAUUCUUCGUCGCUUUGAAUCUACGUUUUAAACUAGACGUAUGGUGGGUAGUAGUAAGGAGCGCCAUCUUGUAUCCCCUAUACAACCUAUACAAGUCCUACAAAAGUUUCGACCUGUAAACAGCGAGUUAUUGUUCGAAGACUCAUUGAAACAGCACUAGUGUAGCAAGUGGAAGCGAUAUGAAUAUAGCAGUUUUAAACAGAGCGACGUGUGCUGGGUUGAAGUUAAGUAUGGUAGUCUAUGGCGCUGUUUUAAAAAUCUCUCUCUCCACUUGCUACGGUGGCGCCACCUUAAUUUGCUCUCUUUCAGCGGACACUUUUAAUAAUACACUGAAAUGGUUCUCUUUGCUUCUACCCUUCAUUAAAAAAAAUGGCCGAAAUUGACAGAUUUCAUCCUCUCUUAAAAUUCUCGUCAGAGAAGUUGGGCACGAGCGUUCAAAAUAUACUGCCGUACUUAAUAAUGACAAAA